AUGGCCAUCAAAAGACUUGUACGAUACGGCGAUUGGGAGAGCCCCAUCACAGCCGAUACUGUCACCUCCAAAAGCCGGACCGUCGCCUCGCCACGGGUGCAUCGCGGAACUGGACGCGCCUUCUUCAUCGAGUCCAAGGACGACGGCCGCAAAGGCAUCGUGGAGAUCACGCCGCAUGGCCCGAGGGACUUGCUUCCGGCCCCUUACAGCGCCAGCAACACGGUGUAUGAGUAUGGCGGCUCUGCCUACGACGUAGUCGCAGACGGGCGCAUCAUCUUCUCCCACAAGGACAACACCGUCAAGAUCCUAGAUCCCGACACCAGCAAGGUGUCUGAUCUGGCCGGUAGCUCGGGGCUGCGGUAUUCCAACUUCAGUGCAAACCCCAACAGCCCGUGGGUGCUGGCCAUCGAGGAGGACCAUGCGAUCCCCACACCAAAGGGCAUACGGAACUACGUUGUAGCCAUCAACGCGGACACCGGCCAUGUCAAACGGGUCGUCGAGGGGGCUGAUUUCUACUACACGCCCCAGUUCAGCGUCGACGGCAAAAGGCUGACGUGGAUGGAGUGGGAUCAGCCCAACCUGCCUUUCGCGGCCGCCAAGAUCUUUGCCGCCGAUUGGACGUCCUCGGCCGGCGUCGAGAACGCGGUGCUGGUCGCGGGCGAGAACCGCGAGGGCGCCGCCGAGCCCCGAUGGGGUCCCGACGGGAGCCUGUUCGUAUGCAUCGAGACCGACGGGUUUCGGAAACUGUUCCGCCUGGCCCCGGGCGCCGAGAAGCCAUCGCAGGUCAAGCUCGAGGGGCUGGAGAACGCCGAGAUUGGGGAGAUCCGCUGGUUUCAAGGAAGCAACACGUAUGCGCCGCUGUCGGCCCGCUACGUCGCGGCCGCCGCCAUCGUCUUCGGCCAGGCGAAGCUGAUCCUCAUCGACCUCGAGAAGGACAACUGGAAGCCCAUCGGCCCUCCCGACAUUUGCGGCGUCGUGUUCGACGCCAUGGUGCGGAUGAGCGACGAGUCCCUGCUCCUCGUUGCCGACCAGACGGCGACACCCCCUGCGCUGUACAAGAUCGACAUCUCGACCGGUGAGACCACGACUAUCCGGGAGACGACGGACGAGAAGCUGGACGAUUCCCUCUUCUCGCGACCGGAGCUGGUCAAGUUCCGGUCAAAGGGCUCGCCGUCGCGCACCGUCUACAGCACCCUGUGGAUGCCGCGCAACCCAAAGUUCCUGGCCCCCGACAACACGCUUCCCCCGCUCGUCAUCUCGUCCCACGGGGGGCCGACGAGCUACACCGGCUCCGGGCUCAACUUGCGCACGCAGUAUUUCACCUCCCGCGGCUACGCCUACCUCGCCCUGAACUACACGGGGUCGACCGGCCACGGUCGCGACUACCGCGAGGCCCUGUUCGGCCGCUGGGGCGUCGUCGACGCCGACGACGCCGCCGAGGUCGCCGACCACCUCGUCAGCGCGGGGCGGGUCGGCCGGGUCGGCAUCGUCGGCGCGAGCGCGGGCGGGUACAACGUGCUGCAGGCGCUCGUGCGGCACCCGCGCGCGUUCGACGCCGGGUUCUGCGUGUGCGGCGUGAGCGACGUCGAAAAGCUGGGCGAGUCGACGCACAAGCUCGAGUCCGAGUACAUGGGCGCGCUCGUGCUCGACCCGGGCAUGACGGAGGCGCAGAAGGAGGAGAGGUACCGCGAGCGGAGCCCGCUCUUCCACGCCGACCGGGUCGGGGCGCCGCUGUUCCUCCUGCACGGCGUCGCGGACACGGUGGUCCCCGUCGAGCAGGCCAGGCUCGUGUACAAGGCGGUCAAGGACAAGGGCGGGGACGUGCGCAUCAGGGAGGUGGAGGGCGAGGGGCACAUGUUUGGCCAGCCCGGGAGCCCGAGGCUGUGGCUCGAGGAGGAGGAGGCCUGGUGGAGGUCGUACCUGAUUUGA